UCCUUUUUAUAAUAGGGUUUUGUAAAUUGAUAAAUUUUUUUUGGUCGAAAAAUUCACCUUCAUUGCAACUCGCAAAAUUGUGACCUUUCUUUUCAGCGAAGGAACACCUUUUAAAGCAAAGAAAGAUUAAGCCGACAUCAGCACAACCACAUCUCUUCCUCCUCUCUUUCGUCCAACUUUUUGGCUUUGGAGGGAGAGAGGAAGAAAGAACCUCCUUUUUUCUCCACUUCAUCAAAACCAUCUGUAAUCCAUAAACCUCGAAGAUCUCAAUAACCCUUUAUUCUUUUUCCUAUUCUUUCGUGUAUUCCUCUAAAUAUUCUUUGUUUUUUAGCCAAUUUAUCCAACUCCCAUCAGCUAGCAUUUAUUACAAACUUUUUUUGAGAAUACCCAUUUGCAUGAAACCAUUUCUUUACACAAAUACAACUUUAUAUUACUAGUAUUUUAGAAGGAGAAAGGCUAUUACUUUCUUUGAAGCUAGAGACUAAUGGCUGAACAGAGUUUACAAGUUGUUCAACAUGGCAACGAAGAUGUGGUUUUUUGUAGUUCUGGUAUCAAAAUUGAAUGCUCUUUUCCUCGUAAGAGAGUUAGUUUGAAAGCGUAUGGCUUUUUUGCUAGUGUUAAUCAAGCUGGGAUUGGAUUUGCUAUCUCACCAAACCCUCCAACUUCACUACAGAAUGCUGCAAGGUUCCCUUGUGCUAGCCUACACACACAAUUUGUUUCAGUCUCUGAACCUGGGUUUCAACUUGAGAAGGUUCCACAACUGUUGUUGGAUGAUGAACUUGAGAUUGCCGAGAGGUUGGUCAAGGAGAAGAAGGAGAAGGGUGGCUUUAAGUUGAGAAUUAAAAUUGGGAAUGAGUCAUUAAGGAGGUUGAUGAGUGGGGCAGUUGCAGGUGCGGUAUCUAGGACUGCUGUGGCUCCAUUGGAGACCUUAAAAACGCAUUUGAUGGUGGGGAGUUGUGGGGAUUCUAUGAGUGAAGUGUUUGAUAACAUUAUGAGGAGUGAGGGAUGGAAAGGCUUGUUUAGGGGCAAUUUGGUGAAUGUCAUUCGGGUUGCGCCAAGUAAGGCUAUUGAGUUAUUUGCAUAUGAGACUGCUAAGAAACAGUUGACAACUGAAUUUGGGGAACAGCCCAAACUCCCUCUUCCGGCCUCAUUUAUUGCUGGUGCUGUUGCUGGAGUUAGCUCUACCUUGUGCACAUACCCUCUGGAGAUGCUCAAAACUCGUUUAACUGUCAAUGAAGAUUACAAGAAUCUUUUGGACGCGAUCGUAAAAAUUGUGCGAGCAGAAGGAGCAGCAGGACUUUACGAAGGCCUUACUCCGAGUCUGAUAGGAGUGGUUCCUUAUGCUGCCUCUAAUUAUUUUGCUUAUGAUACGUUAAGAAAAGCUUAUAAACAAGCUUUUAAGGAGGAGGAAAUAGGAAAUAUCAUGACUCUUCUAAUAGGAUCAGCAGCUGGUGCAAUCUCUAGUACUGCAACUUUCCCACUUGAGGUGGCUCGGAAGCAGAUGCAGGCUGGGGCAAUUAAUGGAAGACAAUACCAUAACAUGCUUCAUGCUUUAACAAGUAUGCUUGAGAAAGAAGGAAUCUCAGGCAUUUAUAGAGGCUUGGGUCCAAGCUGCAUGAAAUUGGUCCCUGCAGCUGGGAUUUCAUUCAUGUGCUAUGAGGCGUGCAAGAGCAUACUAACAGAGAAAGAAGAAGCUCUAUAACUAUGAUAUCCUUGAAAGUAGAAAUUGCGAUAACUUAACCAAAGAACACAUACAUUUACUUUCAUGGGAAUAAUGGCCAUGGGGUUGAAGAGAGAAAAGUGAAGCACUAUAAUGAUGGAGUAGUUUGCAUUGUUUUUUAUCAUUUAGAUUUUUGCAUUUUAGGAGAAUUUCCUGCACAUAAAAUGGUUCUACUUUAGAACUUGGUGGGCUGCCAAUGCCAUAGUUGAGUGGAUCGUCUCUCACUUUUGUAGCGUUUGCUAGACAAGCCUUCUUUUAGAAAAAGGAAAAGGUUCUAGAAACCGUCAGCUUCAAUUUAACUGCACACUAUGUUUGUUAAAGAGCCCGAAUAUCUUACAUGAAAAGUUGAAUAAAGCGUUUCUCCCUGUAUAAUUUUCUCAAGUUCACAACUCUUAGGUUACGGUGAAUCAACAACAUUCAGGAGGGAACGGAAAAAAGUUGAUUGCAUAAAACAAAUUUCUUAAAGAAAAAGUUGAUCUUCUAUCUCAAUCCAUUAGAUUGGGUGGAGUAUUACAAACAUUUUUAAAGGUACAGUACAUGCAACGAAAGGACCAAUUCAAAUUGCAGGGUUAGCAGUCAAAUGUCUUCCUAACUG